AUGGCAGGUAAAGAUCGGCAACAUAGCAACAACGACAAUUUGAUGCUUGUGGUGCGGCACGUACGCCACGGAACCUUCCUCGAUUGUUCAGUAAUCUCACUCCAAAACAACUCCUUCAAAGUGCUGGGACAAGAUGAUGACGAUGAUAUCGGUAUUCUUCGAAACUUGUCUCGACUCAAAGCCGAUAACUACGAUGCUUUGAUCGGUAACACCUGUUAUCGUGUUCAUGCGACUUGCAACUCAUGGAUGCUGAUGACAUAUUGGCAUCUGGGAUUUUCAUAUGACUUUCUGUUGAACCCCACAACCGGCGAGUGGAAAUGUCUUCCGUAUUUUGCUUUGGCUUGCCCAACUUUGUCGGACCAUUGGGCUUACGGGCUGGGGUUCGAUCCUGCAGGGGACACCUAUAAGGUGUUGAGAUGUCGCUCGACCGACACACAUGAACCCUGUGAAAAGCUCUACGUUGAGCUGUUGUCCUCGUCUGCAUCUGCAGGUGAUUCAUGGUCGUGGAAGCAAAUUUCGUGUCCUCAUGACCCCUUUAUUGCACCCGAUCAACGACCUUCUCUUUUCAUUAAUGGCUUUUAUUAUUGGCCAACUACGAGAGGCAUUCUUUCGUUCGACUUUACUGAGGAGAGGUUUGGCACUGCUCUAAUCCCCAUGCCCAAGAGCGAUGGCAGGUAUUGUGUUGUUGAGUAUCAUGAGUCACUUGCUGCUGUCGUUUUCGAGUAUCCUCGAUGGCUGACCGAUAAGCUCCUCAAAAGAGAUGUAACAAUUGGUGCUGCUGCUGAAAAGAAGCCUUUCAUUUUCGAGAUUUGGGAGUGGAAAGAAGCUUCCAUGUGGUCUAGCGUGUUCACAGGGGAAAUCCCGGCUUCAGAUGCUUCUGUUGAAGGAGUAUUGGGACUCUGCAAGAACCGUAAACUGCUUCUUAUGAGCUCCUGCGGUGAUCUACUGGUUUAUGACAUUGAGGAGCGCCGACUGGAGAAUAAUCUCGGUAUCCGUGACGAGGGUAUGGCCCCAGAAGUCUUUUCUUUUGUUCCCAAUGCCAAAUCCAGCUUCAAAUCCUCCUCAAGGAAUUCCUCUGCUACUAGUAUUCGGGCGCUUACUCGCUGUUUGAAACCUAGCGACAGUCUUAUGCUUUUGGUGCAACGCGUACUCGACUCGACCCGCGAUUACUUUGUAAUCUCAACGGAAAACAACUCGUUCAAAGUGCUGCAUCAAGGUCAUGGUGAUGAUAAUGGUCUUCUUCCCAACUUGUCUCGACUCAGAGCUGAAAACUACAAUCUGUUCUGUAUGAAUGCCAAAUAUCACGUCCUAGCGAGUUGCGACACAUGGAUGCUGUGGAAUAAUACAGAAAAUCCCGCAGAUCUGAAGCCCCUCCUGUGGGACCCUAGGACCGACGUGCUUGUAACCCUUCCUUUUUUUGAUGUGGAGCCGCGCAUGCCUGGCUUAAUUUCUGCGUACAUGUGGGGUUACGGUAUCGGCUUUGAUCCUUAUGCACCAGAGAACUAUAAGGUGGUGAGAUGUCGCUCGUUCAAGUAUUUUCGUUCCAACGACGAAGCCCACGCUGAGGUUUUUUCGCAUGAAACUUGGAAGAAAAUUCCGUAUCCUCACGAUCCUCUGUGGCAAGUCUAUCAGUCCCCGUCACUUUUCGUUGACGGCUUUUAUUAUUGGAUAGCACAUCAUUACACCCAAGGAAAUCAUGCUAUUAUCUCGUUCGACUUUGCUAAGGAGGAGUUUCCCCUUGCUCUCAUCCCUAUGCCCUGUAGCAAAAUUCUCAGGGACAUCAAGCUCGGUUGUGUGUGUCUUGCCGAGUUUUGUGGGUCGCUUGCUGCUAUUGUUUAUGAUUUUCAUGGACAGGCGAAGAAAAGUAUGAAGAAUAUUUAUUGUUAUCCAGGACAGGAGAUGAAGAAGAAGGAGAACAAUGUGCCUUUUACAUUCGAGAUUUGGGUAUGGAAGCACGGCGUGUGGUCCCACGUAUCCACUUACAAAGUCCCUCUUACUCUUACUCGUGUUGUUUAUAGGGGGGUCAUCGGCCUCUACAAGAAUGUUAAAGUGUUUCUUUGGGACUCUGAGGGUUACCUAUGGCUUUACGAUGUUGAGACGCGCGAUCUGGAGAACCUCGGCAUCCGUGACGAUUGUUCGUCUCUGACGAUCUUCCCUUAUGUUUGA